AAAACAACUAAAACAGACAGAAGAGUGCAUAGGAAUAGCGUUUUGUGAAGGACUGAAGCAAUAAACUCCCCCAAGCCCCAAGACAGUCAGUCGUGCGCCGUCUGCCAGCGCGAGGGUGCGCCGCCCCUCGCUGGAGAUGGAAAAUAUAGAACAAAACAAGACUUCAGAUGAAAUCAUCAAUGAGCUGUUUAGUUCACUAAAUGUCCCACUUUCACCUAAGCCAGUAGUUGUAGAGGAAAAGACAACCAAGGGGGAACAGGCUAGUGCACAUACAGGUGACUCUGAUAACAGUGAAAAUGAAGAGAGUGAUUCAAAGUCAAGUGAAAGUGAAGGAGAGACAAAGACCCCCGUAGAGGAAGUCCAAGAAAAUAGCAAAACAGAUAAAGUUGAAAAGUUGAAGUCCCAGAAGAAAAAGAAAGACAAAAGGAAAAAGAAAAAGAAGCACAAGAAGAAAGAAGAUGGAGGAAGACACAAACACAAGAAAAAAAAGAAAAAAGAAAGUUUUGAAACUGCUGAAGAAGCUAAGCUAGCUGCAGAUGUCUUGCAAGAUGUUAAGGUGAAAAAUCAGGCAUUCAUUCAAAAAAUAAUUCAGGAGGAAUUCAGACAGAUAGACAUCAGACAUAGUAAAACAAAUGAAAAGUCCAAGUCAGAAUCCGUCAGUCCAAAACUGAGUAAAGGUUCUAAAUCUUCAGAUACACCAGACAGAGUUGAUGGUGUGGCUGAGGAGAGGAGGCCACAGAAACCACACUCAAACUCAAACUCCAAAGAAAAGUUGCAUGAAGAUGUUCCUGUGUCUUCCCAGGAUAGAUCUUCAGAUUCAUCAUCACUCCCACAAAGAGUUUCAGAAUCUAGUAGUAAAGUUAACAGCUCAGUUCCUUCCGCCAAGUCAGAAGAAAGUGCUUCCAAAUCAGCAGCUGAGUGUGGUCCCUCUCACGUGAUGAGUCCAGGAUCAAAAUCUGUCAGUGACCCAACAGAAGAAGGUCCUACUGUCUCAAGCAACCACAAGAGGAAGCAGUCACCUCAUUCCCACUCACCGUCUCCAACAUGUACGAAAAAAAUUAAGUCAACCACUUCCAGUUCAUCGUCAAAAUCCUCCUCCCCCAAAACUGACUCUAGACAAAGGUCACCAUCUCGUACAAAAAGGUCAAGGUCAGGAUCAGCCAAAGACACUAAGUCAGAAUCUGGGUCAAAAGUUAGGAGAUCCAGGUCUAGAUCAAAAAUAAGAUCCAAAUCAAAGAGGUCACGGUCACACUCCAGGAAGAGGUCAUUAUCAAAGUCAAGGAAGUCAGGAUCUGGAGGGUCAAGGAGGUCUAGGUCAAGAUCCAAGAAGAGGUCAAGAUCAAGGUCAAGGAAGAGGUCAAGAUCUAAGAAGAGGUCCAGGUCAAGGUCAAAAUCUAAGAGGUCAGGGUCAAAAUCUAAAAGAAAAUCGAGGUCAAAAUCUAGAAACAGAUCAAGAUCAGUCUCGAGGAAAAGGUCAACAUCUAAGUCUAGAAAAAGUUCCCAUUCAAAAUCCAGGAGAUCAAGAUCCAGAGACAGAUCAAAAUCAAGGUCCAGAAAAAGAUCAAAAUCUAAUUCCAGGAGAGAAUCGGCAUCGAAGUCUAGGAGGUCGAGGUCUAGAGGCAGAUCACAGUCAGGGAGGAGGUCAAAAUCACGGUUGAGACGGUCGAGGUCAAGGUCAACCAAGCGAUCCCGCUCUAAGUCUCCUAGGUCUCGGUCCAGAAGAAAAUCUGGAUCGCAGUCCCGCAGGCGGUCGAGGUCGAAGUCCCGCCACAAGUUAUCCCCAUCCAAGGAGAGGUUUGACAUGUUUGCAGUGAUGCGGGAGCGCGCCAACAGACUGGCUGAGCUGAAGAGCCAAGGCAUCCCGGACGGCUCCCUUGGCAGCUUGCUCCUGUCCAGCGUGCAGUCCCUGCCUGUGCCCACACCCGACCCCAGCUCCAUACCCCUGCCUCUCAAGGAAUCCCUGCCCACUGACUCUGCCAAGGAAGAGGUCAAAGAAGAAGCCAGUCCUGAGGUGGAGGAGUGCAAGACUGUUGCCCCCGUGGUGGAAGAGCCAGUCAUCUUGUUACCACAGGAGCAAGAUGCUAGCAAAUCCAAAGAGGCCAGCAAGGGCAAGCCAGAAGAAGGAAAUGAAAAAAGCAAAGUAAAAACUAUAAUCACCAUAAAGAGCCUGAAGGACAGCCUAGUCUUCCAGCAGGCACAGGAGGAGGCUGAGAGGAAGGCCAAAGAAAAGGUGAAUGAGCCUGCAGUCAGUGAAAACAGUUGUGCAGCUAACACUGAACAACCACAGCAGCAGCAGGAUGCCAAUGAUGAGCAACAGGAGGAAGAAGAUGAGCAAAAUGGAACGAUAUCCCAAACAGAAAAAAAGCUGGACAAUGAAAGUACUAGAAGAGGAAUGAGUGAAGAAAGUGACAGAAGAAAGGAAGAUAAGAAGGAGAAAGGAGAGGAAGAGAAAAGGAAAGAUGAAGAGGAACAAAGAGAAAACCAAACCCAUUCUAAAGGUGCCAUUGUAAAGAAACAAGUGGAAAAAGAAACAAAAGAAGCAGAGAACAUUCAAGCUGAAGAGGAAAAAGAAAUAGAGCUCGAGGAAAAUGACAUAAAGAGUAAAACCGUGGAUGACCCUGAAGAUAAAGAAGAUAGCAAAGGAGACAAGCAUUCGGGUGUGGAAGAAGAGAAGACAAAAGCUAAAAAACAGUCAAGUAGAGUAAUAGAGGAGGACAAAGAUAAGCCAUCAAACAAAGUAGAGUCUGAAGAAGAAACGAGAAGCAAGCAGUCGAGUAUAUCAGGAGAGAAAGAAAGCAGAGAAAGGAAAUCGCUAAGUAAAAAAGAGGAAAAGGAAGAAAGUAAAAGACAUAAAUCUAGUAAAGCAGAGGAAAAGACCAAAGGAAAUAAACAUUCUAGUAAAGCAGGAGAGGAGGAAGUACCAGUAAAAAAAUCCCGUAAGACAGACGAGAAGGACAAAGUAAACAAGCACUCGACCAAAGCUGAAGAAAAAGAUGCUGCAAGAAAAGAGGAAGGCAAGAAAAAUAAGGCGUCAAGUAAGUCAGAUGAAAAGGAAGAUGAACAAACGAACAAGUUGUCAAAUGAGACUGAAGAAGUAGAGGAAAGUAACGAAAGCAAACUCUGCAGUAAGGAGGAGAGCGGAAAGAAUGGCCAUGUCCACCUGGAGCAAGACUCAAUGGACAAGGUAGAAGAAGGUGAAAUAGUUAGUGAUAAGGAAGAAGUUGUUACCAAGCCAUCUUCCAAAACCCAUAGCAAAAAGAAGUCAAAGAAAGAUAAAUCUAGUACUAAAGAAAAGAAGAAAUCUCACAGAGACAAAAGUAAGAAUAAGGAUGAAAAGAAGAAGGCACGUGAGAAGAAGAAGGAACAAGAGCGAGCAAGGUCACGUUCCAAGGACAGACACAGGUCAAAACAGCAGUCUAGUUCCAGCUCCAAGGACCACUCCCACACUCGCCGGCACCGGAGGCGCUCUCGAUCUCGCUCUGGGUCUCGCUCCCGCUCCCGAGAGCGCUCCAGCAGGCAGCACCGCCGCAGCCACUCAAGGUCCAGGUCCAAGUCUCGCUCCAAAAGACGCCGUGAGUCCACUUCUGACCUCAGGGACAAGGUAACAAGAAAAAGAUUGCUGGAAAUUGCUCGUCGGAAUGCAGUCUACCUGAUGCAGAAUGGCUGCUUGCCCCCAAGUGUGGAGCAGGAGCAGUUGGUGAAAAUCAAGGCUGGAGGGAAGAGUGUUGAUGAACUUACAGAUUUUUGUAAGCAGCUAGUGGCCAGCGGCAAUUAUAGUGAUGUUGAUAUGAGUGAGCCGUCUAUAAGUUCAGAAGAGGAAAACAACUCUGAAAAACCUUUUAGUAGUACUCGCCACCCUUUUAGCGUCCGCGACAGCAAGCCCAUAUUGAUGAAUAUAAGGAAUGCCCCGAUGCUACCCACAAAGACUAAUGCAGAGAGACUAGCAGGCCAGGCCAAGCUUCGAGAACAGUUUCCAGUGUCCAGUGGGUCACAACACCGCACUAAAGGGGAAAUGUCUAGCAGUGACGGAAAGCACCUCUCAGAGAGUGAGUGGGUUCCUGUUCCUCCCAAGGAAAAGAAGGAAGAGGACAAAGUGUUCACCAAGCCUGAAGUUCCACCUGUUGACAUUUCCCAAAUUGUUUCAACAAGACUGAGUGCCAUGAGGAAACUCCAAGAUAAUCCAAAUGACAGUGAAGCAAUUAAGACUCUCAAUAACGUGCAGAAGGAGAUGCAGAACUGGGCCCUCAGUAAACAGGAGCCAGGUCAGUUUACAGGAACAACAGGUGUCAAAGUUCUGUCCCAAGAAGAACUUUCAUCUGGUCACCAAGCUUGGGCCCGAAAGGAACAGUUUAAAGAAGCUGCACCUGUAAGGCCUCAGUUUGGACUCAAGAUGCUACAGAAGAUGGGCUGGUCGCCAGGGGAAGGACUAGGCAAAAACAAAGAGGGUACCACUGAACCUCUUCUCCUUGACGUUAAAAUGGACAAAAAAGGCUUUCAUGCUCAAGAAGAAGUAACACCCAAGAAGCAGCCGGUUCCUCUAGUGAAGGAUCUAUCAGGUAAACAUCCAGUGUCAGCAUUAGUGGAAUUAUGCUCUAAGCGCAAGUGGUCACCUCCUGACUUUGAAAUGGUAUUUGACUGUGGACCUGACCAUAAGAAGAAUUUCCUCAUGAAGGUGAUGGUGAAUGGACAGGAGUUCAAACCAUCAGUGGCAGCAUCAACCAAGAAAAUGGCCAAAGCUAAUGCUGCAGCAGCUUACCUGCAGUCCCUAGGUCUCUACCCCAAGGACCCCCACUACCCACUGUGAUAAGAGGAUGAAACAUUGACAGUCUGCACCAUUGCUCUUCACUGGCACAGGACAUCUACAUGAUACCACCACUGUAACUUGAGAUUCUCCAUCCUGGAUGUGCUGUCCGGUAAACUCAUCACCAUAGUACCCACUGACCUGGAUGUGAAGGCACAGUGCAUAGAGCCUGAACAUUCACUCCUUGUGAAGGAAGUGUGUGAAGAGUGUGCAAAAAUGGAUUAAAUAGGUAUGAAUAUAUGGAAUGUGCGGCUGAGGCUUGUCAUGUCAUUUUGAUACUUUUACCAUCGAAAGUAAGUGGGAAAUGCUCAUUAUAAGUCUAACCCUGCAGUGGUAUUCAUUCUUAGAGCUCUGAUGUAGAUCCGUAGUGGAUGGUUAAGUAGAACUACAAUGAAAAAAGGUAAAGCACUUAAAAGGCAUCUGUCUGGUGGGUAAGCUUUCACAUGAUUUACAGUUUGUAAAUUAUUAGCAGACAGUUCAUCAGCAUAGAAUGGAAAUGCAUAGAAAACAUUUCCAUGUCCUCACAAGUUUGCCAUUAAAAGCCAUGGUAGUUUAAUACAUCAAAAGGGUUCCUAUUUUCUUGCAUUCUCAUUUUCAUUAAUUUAAGGAUCCAGGAUGCCAAUAGGCUAGACAGGGAAGCAUUAACAUAUGCAAGAAUGUUAAGAUUGUGUAUAUAUAUUGUUAUAUGUCAUUUCUGUCCAGAUAUCAUUUUCUUAACAUUUUGGUGAUGAUUGACUAUAAAGUCUUUAUUAAUACUUUAUCAAUUUCAAAACUUUAUAUGGAGUUGUAAUUUGUGGUGUGUAUAAAUUAUUAAAAGCAAGUUAUUU